UAGUUGUAUUGAAACAAAAUGACCACAUCUUUGAAAACAUUAAGACAAAGAUUCAACAAAGAUCGUGACGACAGUAGAAAAGAUGGGAAAGAUUCACCUAAAGGUGGACAAUCACUCAAUGCAGCAGCAGAGGAAGAGAACUUUGAGUUAGUAGAUACUGGAGAUGAUCCAAGACAGUUUUUAAGUAUAGAAAAAUCAAAAGCAAGCUCAGAAGAUGCCCAGAGUUGUGGUUCCUUCCCCAGUGAAGAUCUUAUGUCAUCAAUAACAUGGAACAGUCCAGAGGAAAAAAAGAUUUUUGAAGAACAGUUAAAUCUCAUCCAGGAGCAGUUAAUGAUGGUCAUGAUUGAAAAUCAAACAUUAAAAAGUGAGCUCCAUUCAAGUAAAAAUCAGAUGGAGCUCGAGAGGGUGAAAACGGAAUUGGCUUACGAGCAGAGAAGAUGUGAAGUAUUAGAAAAAAAACUGGAGAAUUUUUGCAAGAAGAAGGCUCAGAAAGUGAACAGAACCCAAUCAGAACUUCCACCUAGAAACAGGAUUACUCUAUCUGGUGCUGGGAUUUCCGAUAACAGUGUAGCAGAAGAUAACGUUGAUGGGGCAUCAACAGAAAUACAAUUGCCUGCAAGAAAGAAGAGAUUACAUGAAAGGGCAAGGGAUUAUUUCAUUAGUUCUUUCUAUUCAUUUCUUGACGACUUCACUGAAGAACCACCAGAUAACAAUGAUGUUGACCCUGAUGGGGAUCCUCUCACUGUAAAAACAUUAAAAGAAAACAUUAAAAGAUUUGGCACUGAAGCCAAACCUUACAUCAACACAAUCCAAGGCAUUGGGGAUCUCUUGGCCUGGAAGUCACCACCCUAUACCCUGAUUGUAUUUGUGGUGUACAUGUACUCUGUGUGGCAAGGCUGGUUCUUUCCUGUCCUGUUGUUUUGCUUAACUUUGAGGCUCUUUAUUAACUUUCUCAGACACAGAGGAUGGAACUUGAACUUCAACUUUUUUGAUACAAUUGAGGAAGUCAAAGACACUGAAGAAAAAGACCUUGGAGUGUCUGAUAAGUUCAAUCUUGUAAUGCAAGUCGCCAGAAAGGUCCAAAAUUUUCUGGGCCAAGUUGCUGACAGUCUAGAGAAAAUAAAAAGUUUGUUGACAUGGCGACACCCUGAAGCAAGUCGUCAGCUACUGCUGGCAUUUUCUGCUGCAUUCAUCACAUCCUGCAUACUUCCAACAAACUAUCUGUUUUUCUAUGCAGGCCUUGCAACUGGAGUCAAGCUGUUUAUCAUAGACUACAUUUAUAACAGAUUCCCCAAAGUUAGAAGAAAAUACGACUCUUCCUACCGCCUCUGGCAGGAGCUGCCUACUGAUAUUCAGUUUGAGAAAAAAUAUGUCAAGUCCGAAAUUGAUAAGUACAUUCUCCCAUACGAUGAAGAAAAACGGGAAGUUGCAGCAGAAACCAAAAGUGACCAAGUUUCAAUGGACGACAGAUCUUUCUGUGAACUUUUCUCACUGCCUGAGUCAGAAUGUCCUCUCUCAGGAUGGCAUGGAGGUAGAAGGUGUACCCUGAUCAACAAAGAAAAAUCACUUACUGCAGCUUUUAAAAAUGGCAGGCUGUAUCUAACCCACAGCUUCUUGUGCUUUGAAAGAACAAAAGUGCCUUCUCCAAAAAACAUUGUUAUACCUCUGGCAGAUAUUGCACGUCUGGAAAAGGCUAAACCUUAUGCUUGGAUGCCUGGGGGAGGAAUGGCAAUUGAAGUGGCUGUAGCUGGGAACGACAAGACUUUUGUCUUUGGCGGUCUCUUAAACAGAGAUGAGCUGUUUGACCACAUUUGUGAAGCAGGCUACAGGAAGAUUAAGGAAGUGAAAACAGAUGACAAGCUCCUGCCCUGGAUGCAGAGGAAAACACCCACCAAGAAACACGUUGUGCCGAAACAUUAUCAGCCAUUUACAUUAGCACAUACGUAUGAAGCUUAACCAGGUAGUCGGUUUCUGUU